UUCUUGGAGAAAAACAACGAUUGAGAAUGGUGAAAGUCCAAAACAUUCAUCAGGGAAAGAUGCCAACAUCUGGGGAUCCCUGUAUCUCAUGGUCAUCUGAACCAUUAACGCACAUUACCAUUGUAAACAUUGUAAUGGCAUUGUGGUAG